UUCUUUCUUUCCUUCUUUCUUUUUCUUUCUUUCUCUUUCUUCCUCUCUCCCCUCCCGCCUGCCUUCCUUCCUUUUUUCCUUCUUUUUUUUCUUUCUUCUUUUUUUUUUUUUGUGAGGAAGGUAGCUUUAGUGAAAACAGGGUUUGGAGUUGAACCUAUACGGGUUCAAAUUCGACUUCCGUCCACCACCGAGACCUGCGCUCCCUGAGGGACUCACUCGCUUUCCCAUCCGCGAAACCAGGACGGCGCCGCCUACACCCCGCGGCGUUCGGGGCGGGCUGAAUGGGUCGCUGAGUAGGGGCUACACCCACGCCCUUCGCUCCCCGCCCCCGGCGCGGAGCGACGGCCACGGCAGUGUCCCCAGGGCACCGAAACCGAGGCGGGGUCUCGGUCCCUCCGCGGAAGGAGGGAGCCGGACCGUACGUGGCAGGACUCACCGCCCCGCGCCGCGUUCUCCGAGCCAUGGCGCCUGCCCUGUGGCGGGCCUGCAACGGACUCAUGGCCGCCUUCUUCGCGCUGGCGGCCUUGGUGCAGGUAAAUGACCCAGAUGCAGAGGUGUGGGUGGUGGUGUACACAAUCCCUGCAGUACUGACCCUGCUUGUUGGACUUAACCCUCAAGUCACAGGUAAUGUUAUUUGGAAAAGUAUCUCUGCACUACACAUACUCUUUUGUACGGUGUGGGCUGUUGGCUUGGCGUCCUACCUCUUGCAUCGUACACAACAGAACAUCUUACAUGAGGAAGAAGGCAGGGAGCUGUGUGGUCUGGUGAUUAUUACAGCAUGGAUUAUCCUGUGCCACAGUUCCUCAAAGGUCUCACUAUGUUGCCCAGGCUGGUCGUGGACUCCUGGGCUCAAGCAAUCCUUCCACCUCAGCCUCCCAAGUAGCUGGGAUUACAGCCUCGGCCUCCGGAGGUGCCGGGAUUGCAGACGGAGUCUCGUUGACUCAGUGCUCAAUGGCGCCCAGGCUGGAGUGCAGUGGCGUGAUCUCGGCUCGCUACAACCACCUCCCAGCUGCCUGCCUUGGCCUCCCAAAGUGCCGAGAUUGCAGCCUCUGCCCGGCCGCCACCCCGUCUGGGAAGUGAGGAGCGUCUCCGCCUGGCCGCCCAUCGUCUGCGAUGUGAGGAGCCCCUCUGCCUGGCUGCCCAGUCUGGAAAGUGAGGAGCGUCUCUGCCCGGCCGCCAUCCCAUCUAGGAAGUGAGGGGCGCGUCUUCCCGGCCCCCAUCACAUCUGGGAAGUGAGGAGCGUCUCUGCCCGGCCGCCCAUCGUCUGAGAUGUGGGGAGCACCUCUGCCCUGCCGCCCCGUCCGGGAUGUGAGGAGCGUCUCUGCCCGGCCGCCCCGUCUGAGAAGUGAGGAGACCCUCUGCCUGGCAACCGCCCCGUCUGAGAAGUGAGGAGCCCCUCUGCCCAGCAGCCACCCCGUCUGGGAAGUGAGGGGCGUCUCCGCCCGGCAGCCACCUCGUCCGGGAGGGAGGUGGGGGGGUCAGCCCCCCGCCCGGCCAGUCGCCCCGUCCGGGAGGGAGGUGGGGGGGUCAGCCCCCCGCCCGGCCAGCCGCCCCGUCCGGGAGGGAGGUGGGGGGAUCAGCCCCCCGCCCGGCCAGCCGCCCCUACUGGGAAGUGAGGAGCCUCUCUGCCCGGCCAGCCGCCCCGUCCGGGAGGGAGGUGGGGGGGACAGCCCACCGCCCAGCCAGCCGCCCCGUCCGGGAGGGAGGUGGGGGGGGUCAGCCCCCCGCCCGGCCAGCCGCCCCGUCGGGGAAGUGAGGGGCUUCUCUGCCCGGCCGCCCCUACUGGGAAGUGAGGAGCCCCUCUGCCCGGCCAGCCGCCCCGUCCGGGAGGGAGGUGGGGGGGGGUCAGCCCCCCGCCCGGCCAGCCGCCCUGUCUGGGAGGGAGGUGGGGGGGUCAGCCCCCCCGCCCGGCCAGCCGCCUCAUCCGGGAGGGAGGUGGGGGGGUCAGCCCCCCGCCCGGCCAGCCGCCCCAUCCGGGAGGUGAGGGGCGCCUCUGCCCGGACGCCGCUACUGGGAAGUGAGGAGCCCCUCUGCCCGGCCAGCCGCCCCGUCCGGGAGAGAGGUGGGGGGGUCAGCCCCCGGCCCGGCCAGCCGCCCCGUCCGGGAGGUGAGGGGCUCCUCUGCCCGGCCGCCCCUACUGGGAAGUGAGGAGCCCCUCUGCGCGGCCACCACCCCAUCUGGGAGGUGUACCCAACAGCUCAUUGAGAACGAGCCAUGAAGACAAUGGCGGUUUUGUGGAAUAGAAAGGGGGGAAAGGUGGGGAAAAGAUUGAGAAAUCGGAUGGUUGCCGUGUCUGUGUAGAAAGAGGUAGACAUGGGAGACUUUUCAUUUUGUUCUGUACUAAGAAAAAUUCUUCUGCCUUGGGAUCCUGUUGAUCUGUGACCUUACCCCCAACCCUGUGCUCUCUGAAACAUGUGCUGUAUCCACUCAGGGUUGAAUGGAUUAAGGGCGGUGCAAGAUGUGCUUUGUUAAACAGAUGCUUGAAGGCAGCAUGGUCGUUAAGAGUCAUCACCACUCCCUAAUCUCAAGUACCCAGGGACACAAACACUGCGGAAGGCCGCAGGGUCCUCUGCCUAGGAAAACCAGAGAACUUUGUUCACUUGUUUAUCUGCUACCUUCCCUCCACUAUUGUCCUGUGACCCUGCGAAAUCCCCCUCUGCGAGAAACACCCAAGAAUGAUCAAUAAAAAAUAAAAAAAAAUAAAAAAAUAAAGUAUAUAUAAAGUUUUUUUAAAAAAGAAAAUUCAAAAAUUUAGAGAAAAUCAAAUCCGGAAAAAUUAGAAGACCUAAGGAAAUAUUUCGCUUUUGAAUAGAAAGGAGAAUGGCAAGUUUUUAGUGAACUUUGUUUUCAAAGUUUGCCUGCACCAUUUAUUACAUGCUACGCUAAGUUUUAAAGAGGUAUUUGAAGUGCUGAACCCUUUGAAAUGAAAAACCCAGAACUGAAUUAUAGUCCUCGUGUUUCCUGAAGCAAAAUAACCCUCAAUAGGUUA